AUGGUCGACGAUGCCCGACUCCUCGAAGCGGCCCGCCCGGCUCGACGCUCGGCCCACCGCGUCGUGCAACGGGAGGGCCCCCUCGUCGUAGGCCCGGCCCGCUGCAGCCGCAGGUCGGCCCUGGCUGCGGCCCUGGAGGCGCAGCGCCCCGGAGGCGCAGCGCCCCGCCCGGGGCGCAGGCAGCACGGGAAGCUGAGGAUCACGCGCGUGGCCAUCCGCGCCCAGUGCCAGCUCGCCAGCAGCCCUGCCAUCGCGACGCACGCGCUCCGCGGCAGAGGCCGCCGAGCGCGCGCCGGGCCGGCGCGCCGCGCCAGGGCCCCUGCGGUGGCGCGCCUCGUGGCCCUCGCGACGGCGCCCGCGGCGCGGCCGUGCUCAGUGCCUGCGUGA